CUCGCAACCCAGCGGCAUUAUCGUGCCCUAUAUCAGCCGUGUGCUUCUAUUAAUAGAGCCAGUCAUCGGCCGCACAGGUCCUUCUACUAGCUCUGCUGAUGCUCUGGUGGCCGGACUCUCAUCAUAGGUGGACUCUCACGUUCAUGGGAGCAUCUAGUCGACCUUGCGUCCGUUCCCUACGCCGGCGAGCUCUCUCUGUCUGCAUGCCGUCCGCAGUGUCUCUGCCAAGACCUGCCUUAGAUGCAAAACUACAGCUUCCUCGUCGACCGGAAAGCACAAGGAUCUUCUAUGGAACGCGAGCAGUUGCAUUGCUCCUCUCAUUUCUAGAGCUCGUGCCGGGCUCUUUUCAACCACCCGUAGGCUUUAUCAGAAGGGCACUUGUCAUACUUCGGAUGGCGCCGUGGAAUCCAUCUGCUCGUCGCCACACGGACAGCACCAGCAUCAUCGGACGUGACUUCCCGCAUAGCCCGAGUCCAAUUCUGGCGAGGGUGUGGGGCCAUAUGGUGAGCUACAGGGAGGGAUCUGCCGCCGGGCGCAGAACACACUCGACGCGAGUAUAAAUGGCCCGCUGGGACGAGGAGGAGGAGCAGGUCCCUCGGUCUCGACAGCCCCUCGACCCGACAGCCCCUGCGCCUCUAGUGCACCUCUUCCCACACCCGAGUACAGGAUGUUCGCCGCUUCGCUCCUCGCCUCCGUGCUGCUUGCCACCACGG